CGUGCUCUCUCUCUCUCUCUCUUCAGUGUUUACGUCUCUCGGCCCAUUUAAAGCAACCAUCGAACACUUUCCCAUCGCCGUCUCUCUUUCUAAAGCUCUCUUUCUCUCGCUCGGAGUCGUAUCAAAUUCUCAAGUCGCCGCUCUCUCUACAGCUACAGCCAUGACUGCCUUCAAGGGAAAGUACCAUGAUGAGCUUAUUGCCAAUGCUGCCUACAUUGGCACUCCUGGAAAGGGCAUUCUUGCUGCUGACGAGUCCACUGGUACAAUAGGAAAGCGUCUUUCCAGCAUCAAUGUUGAGAAUGUCGAAUCAAACAGGAGGGCUCUGCGAGAGCUCCUCUUCACCGCUCCUGGCGUUCUUCAAUACCUGAGUGGAGUGAUUCUAUUUGAGGAAACCCUUUAUCAGUCGACUGCUGGUGGUAAGCCUUUUGUCGACGUGCUCAAGGAAGGUGGUGUCCUUCCUGGAAUUAAGGUUGACAAGGGCACUGUUGAACUUGCUGGAACAAAAGGUGAGACAACCACUCAGGGUCUUGAUGGUCUUGCAGAGCGCUGCAAGAAGUACUAUCAAGCUGGUGCUAGGUUCGCUAAAUGGCGUGCUGUGCUCAAGAUCGGUCCAACUGAGCCAUCGCAGCUCGCGAUCAAUGAAAAUGCCAAUGGAUUGGCUCGGUAUGCCAUCAUCUGCCAGGAAAAUGGCCUGGUCCCCAUUGUCGAGCCUGAGAUCCUGGUAGACGGCCCCCAUGAUAUUGAAAAGUGUGCUGAGGUUACAGAACGUGUUCUUGCGGCAUGUUACAAGGCCUUAAAUGAUCACCAUGUCUUGCUGGAGGGAACUCUGUUGAAGCCCAACAUGGUGACCCCAGGGUCGGAUUCCCCCAAGGUUGCGCCAGAGGUGGUGGCUGAGUACACCGUACGUGCCCUGCAGAGAACCGUUCCCGCCGCAGUCCCUGCUGUGGUGUUUUUGUCUGGUGGGCAGAGUGAGGAGGAGGCUACCCUCAACCUGAAUGCCAUUAAUAAGGUGAAGGGCAAGAAGCCAUGGUCCCUGUCGUUCUCCUUUGGAAGAGCUCUUCAGCAGAGCACUCUCAAGGCUUGGGCAGGAAAGGAGGAAAAUGUGAAGAAGGCUCAGGCUGCACUCCUUGCAAGGGCCAAGGCCAACUCCGAGGCCACCCUCGGUACCUACAAGGGCGGCGCUGGAUUGAGUGCGGGUGCCUCUGAGAGUCUUCACGUCAAGGACUACAAGUACUAAGUUGAGGUUUGCUUUGCUUUGUUUUUUUGUUGUUGAUGUUUUGUCUCUUUAGAGAGUACUGUGGCAGGUGGGUAAGAUGAGCUGUGUCUUUAAUCUUUUAUCGGAGGCCUAAUUUGGUUUUGUUUCUAAUUUCUGUUUUGGUCUCGAACUGUUUGGAACUAAAAUAAAGCCUCGAGAGGAUGGUGGGUAUGUUGAGGAAAGUUGGAAUCGUAUUUCAUUUUGUGCAAGACUAAUAACUGCCCAAGAAAUUGCCCUUGA